AUGACGGAUUCAGCUAGCGGCUUAGCCGCCAUUCUUCAGCAGAUGAACCAGAUGAUGAAAGCCCAGCAGCAAGCUCAGAAAGCUCUCCUUGAGCAGCUUUUGAAGCCUAAGGAUAAUGAGUUCCUGAUGGAAUCACUCGCAAAAACCAUCGUGGAAUUUACAUAUAAUCCGCAGCACGGACAGGUUUUCGACAAUUGGUUCGCCCGGCACGAAGAGGUGUUUACCAAGGGAGGUGCGCAGCUGGAGGAUGCCGAUAGAGUCCGGCUUUUAUUGCAAAAGAUGAAUUCUGUGGAUCAUGACCGUUACGUAAACUACAUCCUACCGAAGAGUCCACGCGAGAUACCGUUUUCUGAUACGGUAAAAACGCUGAAAGAGAUGUUCGGAUACCAGACAUCAGUUUUUUUUCGACGUUAUCAAUGUUUGCUGACGACGAAGAAAAAUUCAGACGAUUUUGUCACGUAUGCAAGCACUGUUAACAAAGCUUGUGAGGAUUUCAGUAUAAAUACGAUCACACCGGAUCAAUUCAAAUGUCUAAUCUUUGUGGCCGGACUGCAGUCUGAAAAGCAGAAAGACAUUCGGACACGUCUGCUCGCGAAGAUGGAGGGGGAAACACAGGCUGACCCUAUGACAUUGAAAAAGUUGCUGCUGGAGUGUCAGCAUUUGGAUAACCUCAAACACGACACUGCUGUUAUUGAGAAUCCGAAGGCUACAAUCAACGCAUUUUAUCGAAGCGAACAAAGAGAUCCUGUUAAAUACGUACAGAAAAAGAUGGAUAAUUCCAGAGAACCACGACGUCCAUGCUGGCAGUGCGGCCAGAUGCAUUUUGUUGCCGACUGUACAUUUACACAUCACACUUGCCGAAACUGUGGUAAAACUGGUCACAAGGAGGGUUACUGCGGUUGCUUCUCGAAGUCAACGGAAACUGGUAUAUACACAUCGUCAAUUCAAGGUGGCAAAAAUAAAUCGAGGAAGAAGAAGAAAAGGCAAGGUAGUGCUAGUCAAGCUAAGGGCAUCUACGCAGUCAACAAAGCCGGUGUCGUCGGAAGGCGCAAGUACCUUGAAAUCUUCAUUAACAAUAAACCGAUCGAGCUACAACUUGAUUGCGGUGCGGAUUAUACGAUUGUUUCGGAGGAGUCGCUGCAGCAGCUAGGCGAUCCCAUUGUGCGACCGACAACUCUUCGUGUAGUGGCAGCUUCAGGUAAACCACUUCCAUUAGUGUCGGAAUUUCAGUGCAACGUCACCUUCAGAGGUGUGACGAAUCAGUCAGUAUGCUACGUAACGCCGGUAAGAGGAUUCAAUGUUCUUGGUAGUGAUCUCAUGGACAUCUUUGGUCUUUAUGACAUUCCGAUGAAUUCCUAUUGCAAGCAAGCGUCCGUAAAAGUUCCGACCGAAUGUAGGGAGAGUCUAAAAGGGAAGUUUCCAGAAGUUUUCCGGCAUGGCUUGGGUCUCUCGGUUUAUUGA